GCACUGGGUCCUUAUGGCUAGCGCGAGGCGGCAGCUGGGCACCGCCAUUUUGGCCGGUGGCCGUAAGAACACGCUGUGUGGUUGAGAAGUGAAGGCAGGAGCUGAUUUGGCGUCUGCGCUCCCCUCCGCAAGGGGAUCGUUUUCUCCAGAAGAAUUGGGUAUUCUUCAUUACAAAUAUGGCGGACAAAUUAACGAGAAUUGCUAUCGUCAACCAUGACAAGUGUAAACCUAAGAAAUGUCGGCAGGAAUGCAAAAAGAGUUGUCCGGUGGUUCGAAUGGGUAAGCUAUUUGGGGGAUCAUUAAGGAUAAAAGAAGGUUUUGCAAGAAAUAAACUGAUUUCAUAGUUCUGUAUGGGCUUUAGCAUAUGCUUUAAGAAAUGCCCCUUUGGCGCCUUAUCAAUUGUCAAUUUACCAAGCAACUUGGAAAAAGAAACCACACAUCGAUAUUGUGCCAAUGCCUUCAAACUUCACAGGUUGCCUAUCCCUCGUCCUGGUGAAGUUUUGGGAUUAGUUGGAACUAACGGUAUUGGAAAGUCAACUGCUUUAAAAAUUUUAGCAGGAAAGCAAAAGCCAAACCUUGGAAAGUACGAUGAUCCUCCUGACUGGCAAGAGAUUUUGACUUAUUUCCGUGGAUCUGAAUUACAAAAUUAUUUUACCAAGAUUCUGGAAGAUGACUUAAAAGCCAUUAUCAAACCCCAAUAUGUAGACCAGAUUCCUAAGGCUGCAAAGGGGACAGUAGGAUCUAUUUUGGACCGAAAAGAUGAAACAAAAACACAGGCAGUUGUAUGUCAACAGCUUGAUUUAACCCACCUAAAAGAACGAAACGUUGAAGAUCUUUCAGGAGGAGAAUUGCAGAGAUUUGCUUGUGCUGUCGUUUGCAUACAGAAAGCUGAUAUUUUCAUGUUUGAUGAGCCUUCUAGUUACCUAGAUGUCAAGCAGCGUUUAAAGGCUGCAAUUACUAUACGAUCUUUAAUAAAUCCAGAUAGGUAUAUCAUUGUGGUGGAGCAUGACCUCAGUGUCUUAGACUAUCUCUCUGACUUCAUCUGCUGUUUAUAUGGUGUACCAAGUGCUUAUGGUGUUGUCACUAUGCCUUUUAGUGUAAGAGAAGGCAUAAACAUAUUUUUGGAUGGCUAUGUUCCAACAGAAAACUUGAGAUUCAGAGAUGCAUCACUUGUUUUUAAAGUUGCUGAGACAGCAAAUGAAGAAGAAGUUAAAAAGAUGUGUAUGUAUAAAUAUCCAGGGAUGAAGAAAAAAAUGGGAGAGUUUGAGCUAGCAAUUGUAGCUGGAGAAUUUACGGAUUCUGAAAUCAUGGUGAUGUUGGGGGAAAAUGGUACCGGUAAAACAACAUUCAUCAGAAUGCUUGCUGGAAGACUUAAACCUGAUGAAGGAGGAGAAGUGCCAGUUCUAAAUGUCAGUUAUAAGCCACAGAAAAUUAGUCCCAAAUCAACUGGAAGUGUUCGCCAAUUACUACAUGAAAAGAUAAGAGAUGCUUAUACUCAUCCACAGUUUGUGACUGAUGUUAUGAAGCCUUUGCAAAUUGAAAACAUCAUCGAUCAAGAGGUACAAACAUUAUCUGGUGGUGAACUCCAGCGAGUAGCUUUGGCUCUUUGUUUGGGCAAACCUGCUGAUGUCUAUUUAAUUGAUGAACCAUCUGCAUAUUUGGAUUCUGAGCAAAGAUUGAUGGCAGCUCGGGUUGUCAAACGUUUCAUACUCCAUGCGAAGAAGACAGCCUUUGUUGUAGAGCAUGACUUCAUCAUGGCAACCUAUUUAGCAGAUCGGGUCAUUGUUUUUGAUGGUAUUCCAUCUAAGAACACAGUGGCAAACAGUCCUCAAACCCUUUUGGCUGGCAUGAAUAAGUUUUUGUCUCAACUUGAAAUUACUUUCAGAAGAGAUCCAAACAACUAUAGGCCACGGAUAAACAAACUCAAUUCAAUCAAGGAUGUAGAACAAAAGAAGAGUGGAAACUACUUUUUCUUGGACGAUUAGACUGAAUCUGAGAAUAUUGAUAAGCCAUUUAUUAAAAGCAACAUUUACUAGGAUUUUUGUCAUAUAAAACUUGAAUCAGGUUUUAUACCCCACAUGCUGUGUACUUUAUGUAACAUCAAAUGCCAGUUGUGUUGUAAAUUACAGUCUAGACAGAAAAUGCCACUUUUCUGUUCUUAAUGAUGAAGCUCUUUUGUGCAUAUUCUAAAAUGAAGACAUUUCAAGCUAUACAAAUUACCUCCAAAGUUUUCAUGACAUAUGGGAAGAUAAUCAGUAGGUGUACUAUAUUCACAUACCAAAUGCUGACAGUGUUGCCCCAUUUAAAAAAUCUUGAGAAAAGGUUCUGUACUUACCUGAUCUGCCAACUAUGCCAGUAUAAUGAAACUGCCCUUAUUUUAAAAGCCAGUUGAACACUCCACUGGUGAGAUUUGAUAAAUAAACAUCAGGAUUACAUUUA